ACUGUUUUUUGUUAUAUAAAUUCUCACAAUCAAUUUAUACGAAAUAAUUUCUCAAUAUUCUAAUAUCAUCAACAUGGAAAAUACGAAUAAUGAUAAGAUUGUUAAGUCAUCCAUACAUUAUUAUUGUUUAAAUGGUUUGUAUCGUACUAUGGCUUCAUUAGCUUCUGAAGGCCAAAGAAUGUAUCCGGGUGAUCAAACCUAUCGUUUCUAUAUGGGAUGUUCAUUGGCAUUUGAGGGUCGUGUACAAGAAGCAAUAAGGGAAUUGGAUCGUUGCGUCAAUGAUCGAGAUUUAACAAUGGCAGCUACAUUGGCUCUAAUUUAUUCACAUUCAAAAUGUCAAGUUAUUGAUAAAGAUGCGAUUGAUUCAUUGGAAAAGCGACUGGAACAAUUAAAAGAACAAUCUAACGAAACGACAUUAUAUUAUGCAAGCUUAUUCUUAUUACUAUCAAAAAAAUUUGUCCAGGCCAGUCAAUACAUUGAACAAUUGAAUCAAAAAUAUCGUACAUUUUUAGAUGGUAAAGUUCUUUAUGGUUGGCUAAUUGUGCAUAAUGCCAAUAACGAUUCGAUGGAUGAAAAAUCUCUAAAAAGCUAUUCACAUUUAUUUGAGAAAAUAAAUGAACCUGAUGUACUGAUUAUUUUGUCCAAAGUGGAAGAAAAGUUACAUAACUAUUCUGGAUCUAUUGAAAAACUUAAUCAUGCAAUUGCUAUGUAUCCAAAGUUUUUGCCCGCUUUGAUUGAGAAGAUAAAAGUUCAUGCUAUGUUAAAAGAAUUCGAAUUAUUGAUGGACGCAGCAUUUCGAUCAUUAGUUUUGGAUAAACAUUGUAUUGAACCACAUCGGUAUUCUAUCAUAUAUUACUUAGCCUGGGAUUUCAAUGAAGAAUCUGCUUUGUCAAAAAUUCGAGAUCUUAUAUCAUCGUUAGAAUUACGUGAACCAAAAAAUGCUUACCUUUAUUAUGAGAGCUCUAGACUUAUAUCUCGACUGGCUUUGAAUAAUCAGAAUAUUCUGAUGCAUUCUUCAUCAUUGAUUGAAAGGGCAGUUUUUUUGGAUCCAACAAAUAUUGAUUAUAUCUGUGAAAAUGCUUUUCAAUGGGCUUUAUUAAAGCGUUUCCAGGAAUCAGAAAGACAUUACAAAAAUGCAAUGAAAAUAAAUCCGGCUGAUUCUAAGCCUAUCUCGGGGCUAUUAAUGACUAAAUUAAUGCAACAUGAUCAUGAUUUAAUGGAUGGAAAUGUGGGAGAAGAUGACAAACUCAAUCUGUAUAAAGUAUACGAAGAGAUUGAUCAAUUGGAAGAAUUCAAUAGGACUACAACUGGAUUGACAACUGUCAAUGUAGGAUCGAAAAAUGAAACGAUUGAUCUUCUACCACCACAACAAGAUUUACUUUAUCUAUGCGUAAAAUCUCGAGUAGGUCGCAAACAACAUGACAAUGUCAAAUUGAUCGAAAACUAUUUGUCGCAAUUAUUCAAUCAUUAUAACCAACUUAAGGCCAAUCCAAUCUCGGUACAAUUCUAUUCUAAUCUACAAAUACAUCAUGUUAUGGAUAUUGUACAAAUCUGUACAUCUUUAUGUGCACCGGAACCAUUGGUACGAGGACAGCAAGUGCCCAUGUUUCUUUAUUAUGCACAACAAUUCAUCAAUGUAUUGGCAGCAGUCAUUCCAAAUCAUAAACAAAUAAUUUAUCGUAUGGCUAUGAUCAAAUAUUUGUCCGGAGAGAUACGAUCAGCAGCGAAUCUAGUAAAUCGUUGUCUACAAUAUGAUGGCAAAUUCAUCGAUUUAUUCAUAUUAAUGGCAAAAAUAUCUAUAUACGAUCGUAACUUUAAAACAGCUAAUCAAUGUUUAGAAAAUGCUCUUGUUCUUGAUUUUAAGAUACGUAACGACAUUUCCUAUAUAAUUUCUAAAUCAUCGAUAUUAAAAUUCGAAAGAAAAUAUACUGAAGCAUUACAGUUAAUGAUGGAUGCAUUACAAUCAACAAAUAAGUCAACAUUAUGUGAUCAUUUCGAUUCGAUUGAUGUUGAGCUAUUACUUUUGCUAGAAAUGGUCGACAUUCAUUUAUUACUCAAUAAUACUAUUGAAGCAAGAAAAAUUGUAGAAAAAUUAAUACAACAAUAUACAUCGGAUUAUAGUGGAGGAAAACAGGAACAACGAGCACGAAUUUAUCUAUCGCAGGCAAAAAUCGAUUGCUAUUCCGGUGAUUAUGAAGCAACAUUACAAACAUUACGUAAUAUAACGGCAACAAUGAGUGAUGACCAUUAUAUUCGAUCAAGAAAAAUGAUGGCAGCCAUUUAUCUCAGCAAACAUAAAGAUCGAAAACGUUUUAUCGAAUGUUAUCACGAAAUUGCCGAAAAUUUCCCAUCACAACAAUCACAAUUGAUGCUGGGCGAUGCUUAUAUGCACAUCCUACAGCCUGAAAAAUCGAUUGAAAUCUAUGAACAAACUGUGAAAAAAAAUCCGAAAGAUUCUACACUUGUACGCAAAGUUGGUCAAGCAUUGAUCAAAGCUCAUUUCUAUGAACGAGCAGUUACCUAUUAUAAAGCAGCUAUUAAAUCAAGUGGCCAGAUGCCGUCUUAUUGUUAUGAUCUAGCGGAAUUGCUUCAUCGUCUUGGUCGUGAUGACCAAUGUAAGGAAAUUAUUGGUCAAACUACUAAAUUAUUUGAUGCAAACAAAAAUGAAAUGGAUAUCGAUACUCAUAUUAUCAAAAUAAGAAUAUUCAAUCUAUUGGCCAAAGUUCAUAAACGGUCAGGUGAUAAAGGAAAAGCUAUUCAAAUAUUGCGUGAUGCUCAUGAUGAAAAUCAAAAACUGAUGCGUCGUUUACCCGUUGAACAUCCAGAUCGAUUGGAAGAACAUCGAAAAUUUUCAAUCAAUCUAAGUGAUCAGUUAGCGGAUCUGUUGUUGGCAGCCGAUUAUGACAAUAAUCAACAAUCAGCAUUGCAGAUAUAUAAAGACUCAUUAUCAUUCGAUAGUUGCAACGAUGAAAUAUAUCUGAAAAUGGCUAAAAUGGAAAUGAGAAAUGAUCAUUUUGAUCAAGCUCAUACGUAUUGUACAAACGUUUUGAAAAAUAAACCCAACAUGGAAGAAGCAUUAAUGAUGAUAGCCGAUAUUACAUUUCGUCAGGCAGAUUUUGAAGGUGCCCUUAGUCUCUAUCAAGAAUUGUGGAACAAGAACAAAACUAAUUUUCGUUCGCUGAUGCAUCUCAUAGAUGCCGCUCGGCGAUGUGGUCAAUUGCAAAUAAUAUCCAGUCUUUUGGAAGAAGCGGGCAAAAAAUAUAAUGAUGAAAGGAUCAACGAUGAUAAAACGGCCAAAUCGUCAAGUGAAGCUGGAUUCUACUUCUGCAAAGCUCUUUAUUACUGGUAUACAGGCGAUGUUAAUGAAGCAAUCAAAUAUCUGUACCCGAUUCGUAAUGAUGCCCAAUUUGGAAAGGAAGCAACCAUUUUAAUAAUCGAAAUUUGCAUCCAUUCUGAUUCGAUCACAACGAGUAAUAAUAAUUAUUCUAUCGCAGAUUCCUCCAACCAAGAUAGUCAAAGGCCAAGUUCAAUUUCAUCGAAUUCGACAUUGAAAACGGCUGAAACCUUAGUCGAAAUAUUGAAAUUGCAGAAUCCGGAAGACUUUCAAGUACAUCUGCUUAACAAUUUGGUAUUGUUGGCAAAAAAGCAGAAAAACGAUGCCGAGUUUGUUCUUUCCGAUUUAAUGAAAUAUUUGAGCAACGAACGUUACUGUGAUCAUUCGGCCCUUAUCUAUGGCAUGGCUAUGGCUUAUAUGACACUAAAGCAAACACCUAAAGCACGAAACCAAUUGAAACGAAUCGCUAAAAAUAAUUGGAAAUAUUCAGAAGGUGAUUACCUGGAAAAAGCUUGGCUAUUACUGGCUGAUAUUCACAUACAAUCAAACAAGUUUGACAAUGCCAACGAACUUUUGAAACGAAUUCUUCGCUACAAUCGAUCGUGUGCGAAAGCAUAUGAAUAUAGUGGUUACAUAAUGGAAAAAGAGCAAUGCUAUCGAGAUGCUGCUUAUAACUAUGAACAAGCAUGGCAUUUUUGUAACCAAUCUAAUCCGACUAUCGGCUAUAAAUUGGCAUUCAACUAUAUGAAAGCAAAACGUUGGCCUGAAGCAAUUGAAAUCUGUCAAAAAAUACUAUCCCGUUAUCCGGACUAUCCAAAAAUCAAAAAAGACAUUCUUGAUAAAUGUAUUGCUAUGCUCAAAUGCUAAAAAUAGGGGAAGGUUUCGUAAUUAUUGUUCACAUGAUUCUUAUGUCCCUGGCAAUUCGUAGAAUCAUGCCAAUUAGUGACUUUUUUAUUUUACA